AUUUAUACUGUCUAUUGGGGAAACCGAAUGGAGGCCAUCUACAUCACAGAGAAACAAUUGAGUUCGUAUCAGCUCAAAAAUACUAAGUAAUUAUAUUCUACUUAUACAGUUGAUUUACGUUACUGGCGAGGAAAGCUCAAUCGUGCACAUUCUGAAGUUCGCUGGACUUUUCUUGCUCUUUACGGGAGACAACGUUUAGUUCCCCCUUGUUUAUAUUGUGCAAGCAGAGCUUGAGCAGGAGGCCCCGGCUGGCAGUGGAGGAGAAGCGGCCGCCUCGCCUCCGAGUGGGAGUUGAGUGGUUCGGCCUUGUUGUGCACCAAAGAAUAUGAAACAUAUGUCACAAUGACCUCAAGAUUCUACAAAACAUACAGCCGGAAGGGAGGCGAUGGUACCUCCAAGUUCGACGAGGUCUUCGCUAACAAGAAGACCAUGAGCACCAAGUGGGGCGAGACCACCUAUCGGGCCAAAGUUACCUCCAAGCGGCCCGGUCUCGCGGUCGACAAGUCCGAGUUGUCCAAGCGGUCGCGCCUGACCGUCGAUGACAGCUCUGAAGACCCUUUUGGCUUUGACAGCGAUGACGAGUCCAAGCCCAAGCCCGUGUCGUCUAGGAGCAGCGGAGGUGGAAGCGGAGGUGGUGGUGGUCAGAACCGGCUCUCACCGGCCCGUGCAGAGAGAACCCCCAGCCUCACGCUGGAGCCCAACAGCAGGGUGAGCCAACCGGCCAGCGUGGAGGCGGUGGCCCCCAGCCGAGGGUCCUCAGGGCUGGGCAGUGACCGGAGCUCGCACAGGGUGCCAGAGGACCCCAGCCUGAUCUUCAGCACCAGCUCCGUGGGUCUGAGUCACACUAGCGCCCCCUCCUGGCUGCCCGACGACUCCUCCGACCGCCACAUGAACUGGUACAAGAACGCGUCGGAGAGCGACCGGCGCCCGCACGCCCAGACCACCACGCUCCGCUCCGAGACGCUGGGCUCGCGGCAGGACGCCUGGGACCUGCUGGUGGGCCUCCAGUCCUCGUCCAUCUCCACGCCUGCCCCACCAGAGGCCCCCGCCCCACGGGAGCCCUUCUCCUGGGCGCUGGCCAGCCGGGCCACCACCAGCACCACCACCAGCACCAACACCAGCACCAACACCAGCGGCAGCGGCGUGCCCGCUGAGCGCGACCGCAGACCGGACGCUCGGCAGGAGCUGUGGGAACGCAGACCGGACGCUCGGCAGGAGCCGUGGGACCGCAGACCGGACGCUCGGCAGGAGCCGCUGGAGCCCACAGAGACGUUGGAGCAGGAGGACCACUCGCAGUCGUACUCGGCGCUGCAGCGCAGCAGCAACAACUGCCGGACGUACCGGCGGCCCAACAAGGGCAAGCCCUCGGGCACGGACGCUCUGGAGGCCGCUGGCAGGGCGGUCGUCGUCACGGGGACUGCGGGGUCAGAGGUCACUCAGGCGCUGCACGCAGGCCGCGGGGGGCAGACGGGGCGGACGCGGGACUUCACCGUGCUGCACCCCUCCUCUCUGUCGGCCUGUAACGUCACCAUCCAGGACCAGAUCGACCGCAGCGUCGACCUCACCUCAGACCUGGGCUCUGGAGGAGGCGCCGUGGCAACAGGGGUCACUACGGUGGUGGAUCCCGGCGAGGCCGGACGCCUCAGGAAGAAGGGAGAGAUUCCAACCACCAAACCUGCAAGUAAGUCCAAGCCGGCUCAGUCGAAAUCCAAGAAGGGGGACUCCAGGCUUGACCUCUUUGGCUUCGACGAUGCGGACGCCCCUGGCGACGACCCUAAUGACCCGCUGGCGAACUUUGGCUCCAGCUACAAGAUCCAGUACUUUGGGUUCGAUGACCUCAGCGAGAGUGACGAAGACGAGGACGUCGAUUCGCCCGCUGCGCAGAGGAGGAGGGAGAGGAAGAGGGCCAAGGCCGCCGCGCUCGCCGCCACCACGUCCACGGUCUCCACGACGACGACAGUUCCUACGGCAACCGCUGUGGCCAUGUCCACGUCAGUCAUUCAGACGGUGCCGAGAGAGAUGACCGACAGACUGACCAGCAGCAGCAGGAUAGACAUCAUGGAAGAGCGGCUCGCGAGCAGCAGAGCUCAGCCCACGCCUCAGGAGCGCAUCCGAGAGGGCAGCCGCAAAAUCUUCGGACCCAAGAAGUCUCCAACAAAAGCUGUGUAUAACGCCAGACACUGGAACCAGCAGCAAGAAGAGGAGCUGCCCCCUCUACCACCACCCUCACGCUCACAGACAAAACCAGCCAGUGGUGGUAGCAGCAGUAGCAGCAGCAGUGCUAAAGACUCCAACCCCCAUAAGGACGAUGGGCUCUUCAAAGCCCCCCCUCCUCCUCCCAAAGUCAUCAAGUCCGUCACCAUACCGACGGUCCCUUACCAGGACAUGGUCACCGCACUGAAGUGCAGGAAAGAGCACAAGGAGUUGUUUACAGUGGUUCAACAUGUGAAGCACUUCAAUGAUGUUGUGGAGUUUGGAGAGAAUCAGGAAUUCACAGAUGACUUUGAGUACCUCGCCACUGGCCUCAAGACUGGAGAACCCUUAAACACACGCUGCCUUAGUGUUAUCAGCCUGGCGUCCAGGUGUGCCACUCCGAGCUUCAGGAUGCACCUGAGGGCGAGAGGGAAAGUAGCCCAGGUCUUCAAGACGCUCAGCGACGCACCCCAGCAUCCGAACCUGGCUCUGUGUACGGCGUCCCUGAUGUACAUCCUGAGUCGGGACCGGCUGAACAUGGACCUGGACAGGGCAUGCCUGGAGCUGAUGAUCCGCCUGCUGGAGCUGGAACAGGACGGAACUGCCCGCGUCCAGCUCACCGCCAAGGAGAUGGCCAAGGUCAAGGAGAAGAUCCGCAAGCUCUGCGAGACUGUCCACAACAAGCACCUGGACCUGGAGAACAUCACGACGGGGCACCUCGCCAUGGAAACCCUGCUGUCACUCACAUCAAAGCGGGCAGGUGAUUGGUUCAAAGAGGAGCUGAGGCUGCUGGGAGGUUUGGACCACAUUGUAGAUAAAGUGAAAGAGUGUGUGGAGAACCUGAGUGAAGAGGAGGACAAGGAGAAACUGGUGGCCUCACUGUGGGGUUCCGAGAGAUGCCUACGCGUGCUGGAGAGUGUGACCGUGCACAACCCUGAGAACCAGUCCUACCUGAUCGCCUACAAGGACUCCCAGCUCAUCGUCUCCUCGGCCAAGGCGCUGCGUCACUGUGAGGAGAUGAUCCAGAGGUACAGCAGGGAGGUGAACUGUGUGGCCGCGACCCCACUACCCUACUGCUCCAACAGCAACGUGGGCAAAGCCGUGGAGGACUGCAUGAGGGCCAUCAUAGGAGUGCUGCUCAACCUCACACACGACAACGAGUGGGGCAGCACUAAGACUGGUGAGCAGGAGGACCUCAUCAUCACGGCUCUCAACUGUGUGCUUCGGGUGCCCCAGUACCUGCCCCAAGAACAGCGCUUUGACAUCAGAGUCCUGGGCCUGGGUCUGCUCAUUAACCUGGUGGAGUACAGCGCCCGUAACCGCCACUGCCUAGUGGAGAUGCAGAUGGAUGGCCACGCCCCCUUCACGUCCGUGUUAGUCGGAGAGAAGGAGGAGCUUGCCACAGACACCCCACUCAGUGCCAUCGCCGCUUUAGUACAGUUGUUCCUGCAGAGGGAGCAGGCUGCUAUACUGGCGGAGGCGCAGACUGAUGACCUCAUCAGCGAGGCGCCCAAGCCGCAGGACCAGAGUGGGGAGUGGCAGGAGAACGACGGGGAGAUCCAGUGGGUCGCCGCCGACAACAGCAAUGACAACAACGACAACAACGCCACCAAGGAGAACGACAAGAAGAAGGAGGAGGAAGAGGAGGAGCUGGACCUUAACAAAGCUCUUCAACAUGCUGGGAAGCACAUGGAGGACAGCAUCGUGGCCUCUUACACUGCACUGCUACUGGGCUGUCUAUGUCAGGAGAGUCCAAUGAAUGUUACUACUGUGAGAGAGAACCUGCCCAAAGGCGAUUUCUCCAUCAUGACCGAAAUGCUGAAGAAAUUCUUAAAUUUCAUGAACCUUACAUGUGAUGGUGCCACAGCAGGACAGAAGUCUAUCUCUCGGGUCAUUGACUACCUGGAGCACUGUUAGUGUGUGUGUGUGUGUGUGUGUGUGUGUGUGUGUGUCAAGACCCAGUGUGGACCGGCCGGCUUGGUUCCGCUCGGCCCGUCUCACCAGACUGGCCAAUGACGAGGAUGCUGCAGAACUUCUUGGGCUGAUGCCCUAACAAACACACACACACACACACACAUUGUCUUGCUCUCUCACACGCACACACACACACACACACACACACACACACACACACACACACACACAACCUCAUCUUCAUGAUGCCAAGACUCUUUUACGUUGACCUCAGCCUCAAUGAAUGACUAAAAAUAUCUUGUAAAACAUGAACUUUUGCAACAAAAAAAUAAUCUAAAA